AUGGAUAAAGUGGAUAUCGAGAAGACCAUUGAGGUCAAUCACGUUGAGCGAACGAUAUCAGGGGAGUCUCUCGAGACGGCCAAUGAUGCUCGCAUCAACGCCCUCACCCCUGAGGAGCAGAAGAAGUUGAUCUGGAAGAUCGACACCAGACUGGUGCUCACCCUUGGGUUCAUGUAUUGUGUCAGCCUCAUGGACAGAACGAACCUGGGUAUCGCUGUGGUCGCAGGAAUGGGCGUCGACUUGCAGCUCAUUGGCUUCCGGUACUCGACAUUAGUGCUGGUAUUCUUCAUAACAUACGUUGCCCUCCAGCCUCCUGCUACUGUUAUUCUCCGAAAGCUGGGACCUCGCGCCUUCCUACCCUCCAUCACACUCCUCUGGGGCGUGACCAUGAUUGGCUUUGGAUUCGUGAAAACAUGGAACACCAUGAUCCCACUUCGUCUCCUUUUAGGCGUCUUUGAGGCCGGAUUCUUCCCAGGCUGUGCAUACCUGCUCUCCUGCUGGUACCCUCGUUACGAUCUCCAGAAGCGCUACGCCGUCUUUUACCUGAUAGGCUCGCUCUCCUCUGCCUUUUCUGGUGUAAUGGCAUAUGGCUUCGCACAGAUGAAUGGACUCGGUGACCUCGGCGAGGCAUACGGACAGCACUACGGCCCCACUAAAGCCAACCCCACUGCACCAAAGGGAAUCAUGCCUGGUAUUGCUGGAUGGCGAUGGAUCUUUAUCAUGCAGGGGGUGAUCACCUGCAUCGCCGCUACCGUAGGAGCUUUCACCAUAGCCGAUUUCCCAGAGAAGGCUGCCACCAAGUCCAAGACCUUUGCGCUGUCCUUCCUGACUCAAAAGGAGGCCGAUUUCGUCGUUGCUCGUAUUGAGAAAGAUCGUCACGAUGCAAUCGCUGAGCCUUUCAACAUGGGUGUCUACCUUCGUUGCGCGGCCGAUUUGAAGGUGUGGGGCUUCGCCAUGCUUUUCAUGCUCACGACCACGACCACAUACGCAAUCGCCUACUUCCUUCCCAUCAUCCUCCACGAGGGAAUGGGAUAUACUGCCGCAAUGGCAGAAUGCUUAAUUGCCCCACCAUACGUCUUUGCCGCUUUCUGGAUGUACGGCUGUGCCUACUUUGGUGAUAAAUAUCACAUCCGUGGCCCCUUCGUCAUUCUCAACGCAAUGCUCGGUCUCAUUGGUCUCCCACUCCUGGGCUUCGCCACUUCCCCAGCUGCUCGUUACAUUGGUGUCUUCCUCGCAACCACCUCUGCCAACGCCAACGUACCCACCAUUCUCUCCUACCAAGCCAACAACCUUCGUGGACARUGGAAGCGUGCCCUCGCCUCUGCGACUUUGGUUGGUGCCGGUGGUAUCGGUGGCAUUAUCGGUUCCACUGUAUUCCGUAGCCAGGACAAGCCGGGCUACCUUCCAGGUAUCUACGCCACAACCAUUGCUUGCGCAUUGGUCGUUGUCAUUACCUGCUUGAUGGAAUUCAAAUUCUGGCGCGCCAAUAAGAGAGCUGCUGCUGGCGGCAAGAUUAUUGAGGGCCUUGAGGGCUUCCGCUACACUUUGUAG